AACCCAGGUCUUGGAAGAUUAAUAUAAAGAUAUAAAAGUGUAAUUAUACUUGUAAAAAAAAAUCACUAAACUACUGCAUCCUUUUUAAACCUGGGCAAACGCAAGUCUGUCGCUGGUGGACUUGGACGGUCUGGAAGCGGUUUCCCAGCCCUUUGAACAACAGGUCCUCACCCACGCCCCCUUCCCAGCCCAGGCUCCUGAACGGAGCGCUGUGUCUUUAAGGGGGACGCGCGGAGGUUUCCGCACAGGACAACAUGUCUGCGAGGAGCCCAGAGGGGCUAUGCCAUCCCGGACUCCCAGCCCACCGCCCGCUUCAGAGGUGAUGGGAGAUGGACAGCUAAUGGAUGAAUUGUGGUUUCCUUGAUACAUCAGUUGUCACAGCACAGCUGAUGGUUCUUGAGAUCUCAGAAGUCACGCCAGUGUUUCCACCUGAGAACUUGGGUCUGCUGAAAACUCUGAGGCAAUGACCGAGACUGCCCACCGCCUCAUUUGAAGGCGCUGCCUAAAGAAUGAGGAGCGAAGAGCCGGCAGUGACCAUGGAAGAGACCGGCGGGCCGGACGCGGCUGCGGGCCGCCUGGGGGCGCCGUACUCCGAGGCUUGGGGGUACUUCCACCUGGCUCCCGCGCGCCCUGGCCACGCGGCGGGCCCCUGGGCCACCUGCCGGCUGUGCGGGGAGCAAGUGGGCCGCGGCCCGGGCUGGCACGCGAGCACCCCGGCGCUCUGGAAGCACCUGAGGAGCGCGCACCGGCGGGAGCUGGCGGAGAGCGCCGCCCGCCGCUCGCCACCCGCCGCCCCUGGCCCCGUCGCGGCCGCCGAGGGCGACUGGGCGCGCCUCCUCGAGCAGAUGGGCGCGCUGGCCGUGCGGGGCAGCCUGCGCGAGCGGGAGCUGGCGCGGCGCGAGGCGGCGGUGCAGCAGGGCGAGCGCGCCCUGGAGCGCAGGCGGCGGGCGCUCCAGGAGGAGGAGCGCGCAGCGGCCCAGGCGCGCCGGGAGCUGCAGGCAGAGAGGGAGGCGCUGCAGGCGCGGCAGCGAGAAGUGAGCCGGCGCGAGGGCGCCUUGGCCCCGGCCCCCUCGCUGCACGCUCCGCUCAAAGACGAGCCCGAGGGGGAACCCAGGGACGGCUGCGUCAUCACGAAGGUUCUCCUGUAGGUUUUGGCCGCUCCCACCCACCCCCCCCAACUCCACCAGCGUGUGGCCCGCGGAGCGGCGUCUUCAGCUUCACCUGGGAGGGGGAUCUCAGUCCCUUGACCCCUCUGCCGAAUUGAAAUCGCCAAAUGCAGGGUCUUGAGAAGCAGAACCAGAACAUGCUCGUGAUCCUCUCCGGCGGCCUCCUCUGCUGGUGCCGUUUCGUGGGAUCCGCGCAGGCGGGGGUUUUCCUCUGACCGCCUUUGGAAAAGAGUCCACUGGCCCCGUGAACCUAGAGCACUUGGAGCCAUGGCCAUUCUUCGGCUGGUAACUUUGAAAGGACCGAAACUUCCUUACACACCAAAGACUAUCACACCAUGUGCCCGCAACCCAGGGUAGAGUGUGCAUUGAAACGAGGAUCAGGCAUUUUUACCCCCCAAAAGUUUUACUUCCUAACGAGUAAGUCUUUGAUGAGUAGCCCUUGCCCAGGUUUAGUUUCCAGAACUGCUCAUUACCCUAGCAUUCCUAGUGCCUUAGGAAGGCAGUCCUGGAGAAGCCCUCCUUUUGCUCCCCUCCCCAGCUGGCCCCCCAGUACCAAGCGCCUUGUCUCACCUCCGCCGUCUUCCUUCCCCCGUUGCAGCCUGAUGGCAGCUGUGGCAGGUUUCCCCACUUCACUGCCUCACACCUGCCACCUUACUUGCAAGACCUGACCUCAGCCCGCCCUCCUUGACAGGAAGGGAGCUUCCUCCCCCACGUCUCCUCAGCCCUCACACCUGGGCCAAGGGGAAGGCACCCUCCCAUCUGAGGCCACCUCCUUCACCUUUUUUGGGUCUUUUGAUGUUGCCAUGCUAAGUCCUGUCCAACUCUUUUUCGACCCCAUGGAUUGUAGUCCCCAGGCUCCUUCCCAGGCAGUAAUACGGAGUGGGUUGCCAUUUUCUACUCCAGGGAUCUUCCCCAUUCAGGGAUCAAACCUACGGCUCCUGCGUUGCAGGCGGAUUCUUUACCACUGAGCCACCUGGGAAGCCCCAUGGAUGUCUUAUAGAAUGUCGGAUACUCUGGAUUUUUCUGAUUGUUUCCUUAGGCCAAAUUAUGUACUCCUUCUUGGUUCAUCUACCCGGAGAGCUCCAACAGUCACCUCCGUGCCAGAAACUCCUGACUACCUCCAGCCUUGUGUGCUCUUCCCAGGUCUGUCCUUCAUGUUCAGUCCCCUGCAGCACAUCUCCACCUCUACGUGCACAUCUUGCCACUGGGGAUGGAAGGGGUAAAUGUAUUCAACUCCACAUCCCCACCCCUGACCCAAUGGCUAAGAAUUAUUGGGCUCUUAAAAUGUGUCAGGUGCCUUUAUAUGUAUUUUCUCACUUUAUUUCCAUAGCAGCUCCCUGGGGAGGGGGGCAUAUUAAUACUAAUACUCUGCCCACUUUACAGCUAAUGGAACUGAGAGAGGGCUAAAGUGGCUUGUACAAGAUGACAGCUGGUAAGUAGCAGUGUCAGCAGUCCAAUCCAGUCUCUACCUCCAGAUGCCGUGUUCCCGGCUGCUGUACUGUUGCCCUUGUUACUCACUCAUCCCAGCUGACACCUGUUUGCUUCCUAAUUCCAGCUCCAGGUCGUACCAUCAGUGACACUGACAUGUACUGACCACUCACCAUGCCAGAGCUGUGCAAAAAUGCUGGACAAUAACUGCCUACCGUGCAGUAACCCCAUGAUAUAAUUACUCCUACACCCACUUUGCAGAGGAGAGACAGGCUCAGAGGAACUAAGUAAUGUCGAGGAAGAAUGGGAUUUGAGCACCAGUCCUGCUGAAUCCUAGGCCCCUGAUCUCUUGAGUCUAUUUCUAGUGGCUCAGUUGGUAAUGAAGAAGACCCAGGUUCGAUCCCUGGGUCAGGAAGAUCCCCUGGAGAAGGGCAUGGCAACCCACUCCAUUAUUCUUGCCUGGAGAAUUCCAUGGGCAGAGGAAUUCCAUGAGCACCAGGAAUUCCUGGUGGGUUACAGAACAUGGUGUCGCAGAGUCCAAUACAACUGAGUGACUGAGACUUUCACUUUUACAUCUGUCUUCCUUCUGAUGUCACCUGCCCAGCUCAGGACCCGGUUAUCAUUCAGCUGGGAUUCACUUUUCCAUCCUCGUCUUCUCACACUACCACCUACCUGACACUCAACUUAGCCAGAGGAAUUGUUCUGACACUGAUUAUAUCACAUUUCCUGCUCAAGACGAGAUCACCCAUCCUCUGCAAGCUCUCUUUGUGGCCUGACAGUCAAGUCCCCUCCAGCCCUGUGCCAGUCUUAUCUGUCCCCUCCUCCACACACGCUGUAUGCUUCAGCCAAAUUGGACUCCUUGUUCUGAUGUGUCCUGGUCUUGGCACCUCUGUGCCUGUUUGCACUUCCACCUCUUAAAAAAAGCCCUUCAAUCUGAGUAUGAAAAAUACCACUCAUUUUCUAAGAAUAAACUCAAAUUCGACUCCUUCCAUGCAGCUUUCCUGGAUUCCUCAUCAUUCAGAAAUGAUUCUUUACUUCUCUGGACUCUCAGCAUUUUGUGUCUCAAAGCCCUUAGGAAGGCCCUCUGGUGUGUACCCUUGGGAGCCGGGCUGGUGUUCAUUCAUCCGGCUCCCCCAGUGUCUUACCUGUGGCAGCUGCUCAAUAAAUAUUUGAGGCGAUAAACCCAUUCAGUUUUCCCAAUUAAUACAAUUAUUCCUUUAUCUUUAAUUCUGAGUGGAAUUCCUAACAGAAAAAAGAAGUAGCCUAAAAGGAAGCAGAAGUAAAUUUUUAAAAGCUGUUUAGUCAGUGAACUUUUAAUGUGUCCGUUUGGGGCUGUUUGGUUUGAAUCUAAUCACGAGGUAUAUCAAUUAUCAGGAACACUUUUCUUAAAAUUAUUAUUUUUUUCAUUACACAAUUAAUAUAAAUGCAAUGCCCCAAUCUAGGAAGAAAAACUGAAAGAAAAAAUCUCCCAAAGUCCUGUCAUCUUAGUCAGACUGCUAUUAACAUUUUAUUUUAUUCUUCUUGUCUCCUGCAGUUUUUGUAUUACUCUAAAAAUAAUGUUAUUUCUAUUAAGAACUGAAAUGUAACUUCUUCAUGUGUGUUUAUAAUUGGGCUAUACAAUCUGAAUUUGGACUUUUAGGAAAGAAAAAAAAAUGUCACUCUUCAGUUUCACCAAUUGUUCAAACCAUUAAUGUAAGCAAAGAAUGAGUUUUAGAAUCUUAACCACUCUUUCAAGAAAGGUGGCUAAUGGGUGCACCAGUCAUCUGUUCAGGGGAUGGGGAAAGCAAUUAGCCUGACAGAUGACUUACUAUUGGUUGUGGGUGUUAAAACACUUUUUACACUUCUGCAUUGCUAUAGCUUUUCCAUAUCGAGCAUAAAUUACUUUUAUAAUUAAAAAUAAAAAUUACUUCUUGCAAAUGGAAAAUCCUUACUAUCAGCAUUCAGCUUAUUUAAGAUACACAAGGCUUCCCACACAAGAACUGAGAUAACCUGCAAUUCCAGAAAAGCCUAGAAGGAAAUGCAGUCCAACUCGAUCAUUUGACAGAUGAGAAAAAUAAGCCUGAGUGGCUCAUCCACUUGGUGGCUACAAUGCCUCACCUGACUCCAUCCUCGUCAGACACUCUCGCCCUGGCCCUGGCCCUCUCUGGCCCUGAGGGCUUCUGCUGGCUCACCUGGCAGAGCACAAGGGCUACCAGGACCAGCUGCCUGAGCUGGCAUCCUGUCGGGUAAGUGCUGGGAUCUGAAAGUGCAGAGGUGGUUCCGGGGAUAGCCUCGGUCUCUCUGGCCCAGUCUGCUCACAUUAGCGUUGUCACUGCUAAUGGGUGAUGGGGAUGUGCCCUUCUUAUACUGGCAGAACUUCCCUGAUUGAUACAGUAAGGCUUGCUAAUAGCAGCAGACAGUUGCUGCCUUUGAGGGCAAGGCACAUGGCAAGGUGGAGGGCUGGAACUGGGAUGCAGAAUGCCCUGAAUCCAACUCCUGAACUCCUGCCAUGAUGUCAAGUGAUGGGCCACUUCUUUUAAGUUGAGAUUCAGCAGAGGAGAGGGUGUGGGCAAAUCAGGGUAAUGACAACCAAGACCGAAAGAGCUAGAGCUCUAUGCACCUAAGGUGUCGCCCUUGGAGGCUGGAGAAGGGAACGGCUUGCUUAGUUUGGGCUGAAUUUCUACUUUAGAAAGCUGUCUAUGUCUUAAUGUCUCAGAAAGGAUUCAUAAAAACUAAGCUUUUGUUUUGCUACCAUGGACUUACUGGGGAAUUCUGUUUCUAAAAAGGUUUGAUCUUCAGUCUGCUCCUUUGUCUGGAAAAUGGAUGAUGUGAUCAUUAAGGUCCCCUUGGCUCUAAUGUACUAUGAUAACAUAAAGUUCAGUGAAACAGCAAUCUCUGAGUGAAUCGGUGGUUCUGUUUAGAUUUUCCUGUUAAUUGUAGAUUUAGAAGAAAGUGUUUAGUCACAUAUAUGUUUUUACUGUUAAAAAUAACAAUGGUGUAUCACACUUCUUCUACAGAAGUGAGGCACUAUGAGAUUCACUACCCAGAACUGAAAAUGUGUGUAAGCAUGCUCUCCCAUUCCCCAGUCUCGGUUCUCACAGCACCCUGCAAGCAGGGCAGGUAUAAUCAUCCAUGUGUUACUCUGAGGCCCCACACUUCAACAAGGUGAAACGGCCUACGAGAGACCACAGCUCCUAAGCCGCAGACUGGAAGCUGGACAUCAAUCCAUGGGCCCCAGCCAGAUGUGGAACCAAACAGCCGACCUCCUUCCGUGACUCUCUUCUGACCCACCUCUUCACCACUGCCUGACCUGUAUCGUGGCCUGAGUAUCUGCUGACACUGGUCCAUGUGGGCUAUUCCUGCCCAUGAGCUCUGGUGCUGAGAGGAAGCGAGGCUGGCCAUCAUGAGUUUUGUAUGGCUGCUGUAACAGAUUCCACAAACUUGGUAGCUAAAAACAACACAAAUGUAUUAACUUACAGUUCUACAGGUCAGAAGUCUUAAAAUGCCUCUCAAAGUGUUGGCAGGGCUGUGUUCUUUUCUAGAGGCUCCAGAAGAGAAUCUUGUUUUGUGUGUGUGUGUGUGUUUUCUUUUUCUGGUUUCUGGAGGCUGCCCAAGUUCUGGCUUCUUCUUCAAGGCCAGCAGGGACCAGUCUUUCUCACAACCCAUCAGUCUGCCCCCCUCGUCCACAUUUUAAAGGGCUGUCUACUGAACUUAAGUUCAGUUGGUCAGCAACCUAAUUCUACUGCAAACGGAGUCCCCCCUGCCAGGUAAUACUGCGGUUCCAGGGGUUAGGGUAUGGACGCGUGGGGAGGUGGGGAAGUGGCAGGCAUUAUCUACCUACCGUAGCACAUUACACUGUCUGACCUGGGUCUGGAUGGGGGUGAUGUGAGAAAGGAACAUGCCUGAGGAGCCCCUCCUCCUUGGGAAUCAGCACUUUACUGGGGAUCCUCAUCUUUCCCUCUUGUGUCUUCCUCGGUCUCUCUGCCCAGUGCAGGGAGUCCUCAUAGCCUUUUCUGAGAAAGAUACCUAGAAAGUGGUAUGAAGAAUGCCUCCGGAGUUUAUAAAUUUGUACACUGACUAGAAAGGCUGGUGUGUGUGUGUGUGUGUGUGUGUGUGUGUGUGUGUGGAGUUGAGUCUUUAGUCAGAUGUGAAUUAAACUCUUAAGUUAAAAAAAAAGUGCUCAAAUGUUAUUAGUAAAAAUGUUGAAACACAAAAAAAUUAAAAAUAAAAUCUAAGCUUCCAACUACCUCUAUUAGAUGUCACCUUGGCAACCACUUCAAUCUCUCUGAAAUCCAGUUUCUUCAUCAGUAAAAUGGGGAUAAGACAUACCUUACAGAGUUGCUAUUAUGAUUACUAUUUAGGCAAAUUCUGACGUAUUUUAAACUCAGUAACAAUGACUCCUUUUUUUCCUUUUUUCUCUUACUUAUCUGAAAGACAGCUCUAAACCAAUCCGAAGGACUUCAGAAAGAGCAAGUUCCUCCGGGAUGACUCCCGAGAGGAGAGGAACAUAAGCCACAAGGCUCUGCCAAAUCAUUCUCCCUCAUGAUGGGACUACUCUUCUAUCAAAACAUAAAUAUCACACCUGAUUUGCCAAAGAAGCCAAUCCAGUCAAGCUCAACUUGACUUGUGACUACCAAGUCGUCUGACUCAUCUUACAAGUAAAUCUAUCAAAGCCAAUCCAUCUAUGCACUUCUGCCUUCAAAGUUAUCACCUUUGAAGAUUAUAUAGUUAUUCCACAAAUGCUUCCAAGCUUAAAGCCCUUGAGGAGUUUCUGGUGUGUUCUAAAGUUACAAAUAUUCAUCUUUCCAGGAAAAGUUGAUUUUUGAAAAGAGCUGCCAGUUACUCAGAGCCCAGUCUGAUGAAUAUAACCAGAUUAACAUUUCUGGUUAAUAGGGUGUGAUUAUAAUAAAGCAGCGAUAAUUCUGUGUGUGGUUCAUAAA